GCUUUCGCCGGUUCCAGUUGUUCUAAUUUUGUGAUUAUUGUUCUGAUAUUUCCUCGUUUUUGCAAUGCCUCCGACUUCAACGAAGAGGCCAUUCAGUCAGAUAAUACCCGAACCACCCGCAGAGGUUGUCCAGGGCACAACAAUAGUCGUCAUCCAACCAGGUUCAUAUAACCUUCGCAUCGGACGGGCAUCAGAUCCUUAUCCACAGACAAUCCCACACUGCAUCGCAAGAAGACAUCGGUUUCCAGGAAAACAGAAGCAUUAUGAAGAUCCGUGGAUGGUGCGACCAGAAUUUUCACAUAGCGAAUUCAAACACCAGCUGAAGGCUGCCGUCAAAACUGCUGAUGAAGUCCUAUUGACUCGGCCAAUGAUGAGCGGAGAGUAUCGCAAAUCUACACAGUAUAAACAACUUCUGACGUCGAAUAUGCAGUCUAAAGGAGAGACAACCGAAGUGAUGUCGCCAACGCACUGGACCAACACGCAUAGUAAACCCCAGUAUCUUAUCGGGGAGGAGGCUUUGCAUGUGAAGCCAUCAGAUCAUUACAACCUAUACUGGCCAAUAAGACGAGGACGUUUAAAUCUCCACCCGGGACCGAAUGGCAGUUUGACGGCGGUGCUGCAAGAUUUAGAAACAAUCUGGUCAGAAGCCAUCAAAAAUUCACUCGAUAUUCCUCUGAAGAAUCUAAAGCAUUACAGAGCUGUGGUCCUCAUCCCAGACAUUUACAAUAGACUUCAUGUUAAAGAGUUAUUAAACAUUGUCUUAAACCGGAUGGGUUUCAGCUCAGCAAUCGUGAUACAGGAAAGUGUGUGUGCCACGUUUGGAACAGGUGUUGGAAGUGCGUGUAUAGUUGAUGUCGGGGAUCAGAAAACGUCAGUGUGCUGUGUGGAGGAUGGGAUAUCUCACCGUGAUACAAGAUUUCAUAUGGAUUUUGGUGGCAUUGACAUCAGCCGAAGUUUCUAUGUGUUGCUACACAGGAUCUCUUUCCCGUAUAAGGAAGUCAGUCUCUCGAAACGAAUGGAUGCCUUGUUACUUCAGGAGCUCAAGGAAUCAUUUUGCCAUCUUGAUCAGGACUCCUCUGGUGCUACUCAGCAGUCCUUCCAAGUCAAACAUCCUAACGAGCGCAUCCGCAAGUACUGCCUCUGGAUGGGAGACGAGUGUAUCCUUGCCCCGAUGGCCUUCUUCUGUCCAGACCUCCUCGGGAUCAAGGGGGAGAACCUCACACAUGUGCAGCAAGAUACCAUCGUUGGCGAUGCGGAGGAUCCCUAUGAUGAUUUCUAUCUCCAGCAGACACAGCAACAGUCUUCGAAAAAGAAGGCAGAAGCUGAAACUGAAGCCAGUCAGAAUGCAGACAUGCCGGCCAGCCUGAACGAAGACAGCAUAUCAAAUAUCAUGCCAUCACAAUUUGACGAGGAUUCAAUCGACCAAUCAGAUAGCAUUACGAUAUCAGAGACGCAGACAAGCACACGACCAGCUAGUCAGAUGGAGGAAAAGAUCGUUGAAGAGAAGCUCCCCCUUUUGGCCUUGGAUCAAGCUGUUCUGAAGAGUAUUGAUAGAUGUGAAUCAGAUGACAUGAAGAAGCGCAUGUACAGCUGUAUUGUUGUGGUCGGAGGCGGGAUGAUGUUCGAGGGAGCCCAGAGCUGGUUACAGUAUCGCAUCUGGACACAGAUGCCGGGACAUUUCAGGCUGCAGCUGGAGACGAUGGAUGUAAUCACGAGGCCAAAGGACUUCGAUCCCAGACUUACUUGUUGGAAAGGUGCUGCCAUCCUAGCAUGCCUGGACACGGGCCAGGAAUUGUGGGUAAAACAACGAGAAUGGAAGAAAUAUAGCGUAAAGGUGCUGCGGGAACGAGCUCCAUUUGUGUGGUGAAUACAUCGCAAGAACAUUUUCAGAGGCAAAGGUGCCCGUUUGUAAAACGAGAAUUGAAACAGUUUGAUUUGUCAUGGUUUGGUAAGGAUGAACUGGAAUUCUUGUCUCAAAAUGCUGGACGAUUGGAAACAUUCUGGUUGUGGAAAUGUCUUUUGAGACUCACACAGAAUGUUAUUAGAGGACUGUCAUGCUAUUCCUACGAAACUCAUAGCAGAAGACUCCUGGGAUGUACCUCGUCUUCCCAAUGGUCUUUACAUGUUGACACUUUGGCUAUAGUUCAAGUGACAGGUCACAUGUGUUACUUUGUGAUGUAAGCAUUGCAAUAGAAGAUCAAAUUCUCCAUUGAAUAAUGAUGGUUUUUGAACCUAUGCAAUGACAUCCAGGACCCCAGUGUGUAUCAAUAAAGAGAGAAAUAAAAAAUAAUGAUCAGAUUAUAUUUUUUCUUUUUGGAUAUAUUUACAUGUAUAUUUACACUAUACAGGGAAAGUCCCUGUAUCUCUGA